AUAAAGCAGUAUCUCAUCUCUACCUGCAGGCCCCCUCCUCUCUGUCACGAUGACCCGCGCCCUCUGCUUGAGCUUCCUCUUCCUCCUGCUCCUCUCCCUCUCCUCUCCCGCUCGCGCUGAGCCUCAGCGCACCACGUCGCCUCAGCGCACCACGUCCCCUCAGCGCACCACGUCCCCUCAGCGCCGGACGCCUCGCGCACCAGCUGCCAAGGUGCGUCUGGCGGGUAACUUUGCACGAGAAGCCAAUGAAGGGCGCGUGGAGGUGCUGCACAAUAACACCUGGGGCACAGUCUGCGAUGAUGAAGUGGACAUCAAAUUGGCCAACGUGGUGUGCCGAGAGCUGGGUUACCAGGGUGGUGUCACGUGGGCACACAGCGCAAAGUUUGGAGAAGGACAAGGCCCAAUAUGGAUGGAUAAUGUACGCUGUGAUGGCUCAGAGAAGUCCCUGAAGGACUGUAAGCACAAUGGCUGGGGGGUGAAUGACUGUAAACACUCUGAAGACUUGGGGGUUGUGUGCACCCCUGAGCGAAGGCUGGAUCAGACAGCCAGCAGAGGCUACACGACAAUCGCCAGGACCAAUCACAGCCCUGCACCUCAGUGGCAGGGCCAGGUGACCACCCGCAGGCAUCCAGGGUAUGAUCAUUACGGAAACGGACAUCAACAGGAGACACCCAGGUACCAACAUCACCACUAUCAGGGUCGUGGUAAGGUGCAAAUCGAGGAGGUCCGUCUGCGUCCCAUCCUCAUGGCUACCAAGAAAAAGAGCCUGAUCACAGAGGGUGUGGUGGAGGUGAAGCAUGCUGGGAGAUGGAGGCAAGUUUGCGACCUGGGUUGGAGUCUUAACAGCAGCCGGGUUGUGUGUGGGAUGCUCGGCUUUCCAGAGGCUACUCAGCACAAUGUCAAAACAUACAAGAAAAUAUGGGACACCAAGGUUUCUGAUCCUUCAACAAGACUGAGCCUCAUGGCAAAGAAGAAGGGAUUCUGGGUCGAAAAAAUCCAUUGUCGGGGUUCAGAGAACACCCUGUCAGAGUGUCUUGCUCAGCUGUCAAUCCCCCGUAGUCCCACCCCUUGUAAGAAUGGGAGACACGCAGUGGUCAAAUGUGUGGCAGGACCCCAGUUUUCUCGCAUCUCCUCAGGACGACCCCAGGCUCCUCAUCCAGUUGUGCCUGUGCGUCUGAAGGCUGGUCCCCGGUUGGGCGAGGGUCGUGUGGAGGUGCUCAGAGAUGGAAAAUGGGGAACCAUUGUGGAUCACCUGUGGGACAGGCCUGCAGCCAGCGUGGUGUGCAGAGAACUGGGCUUUGGUACUGCAAAGGACGCCCUGCAUGGAGCCUUUAUGGGCCAAGGUACUGGACCUAUCCAUAUGAACAGUGUGCAGUGUAUGGGGUCAGAGCGCUCCAUCUUAGAGUGCUUCUUCCAGGAAGUCCCACCAUGGACAUUCAAACACAGUCAGGAUGCAUCAGUACGCUGUAACAUCCCAAAGACUGGAAUAGAAGAAUUGGUGCGGCUUGCUGGUGGUAGAGUCCCAUCAGAGGGCCGUGUGGAGGUUUUAAUGGAGGUUGGGGGUCGUAAGCGUUGGGGCUCUGUCUGCAGUGAGAACUGGGGCAUCAACGAGGCCAUGGUGGUGUGCAGACAGCUUGGCCUGGGCUUCGCUGCCAGCGCUCAUGAGGAAACCUGGUACUGGCCCGGUGACCAAACUGCAACUGAAGUAAUUCUCAGUGGGACUCACUGCGUCGGGACAGAGCUCUCAAUUCAACAAUGUCGUCGCAAUAACCACGUCCACUGUCCUCGAGGAGGUGGAACUAAGGCCGCUGGGGUCAGCUGUUCAGACACUGCACCCGACCUGGUCCUGGACGCCCAGCUGGUCCAGGAGACAGCCUACCUAGAAGACCGACCCCUCCACCUUCUCACAUGUGCCAACGAGGAGAACUGUCUAUCCUCAUCUGCAGCCAGGAUGAACUGGCCUUAUGGCCACCGGCGCCUGUUGCGCUUCUCCUCCCGCAUCAUGAACCUUGGUCGCUCUGAUUUCAGACCCAAAGCAACAAGAGAGAGCUGGACAUGGCACCAGUGUCACAGGCACUACCACAGCAUUGAGGUGUUCACACAUUACGACCUGCUGACUCUGAACGGCACGAGGGUUGCAGAAGGACACAAGGCCAGUUUCUGUCUGGAGGACACGUACUGCCCUGAUGGACUCCAGAAGCGGUUCUCAUGUUACAACAUGGGUGAUCAGGGUAUCUCUGUGGGCUGCUGGGACACAUAUCGACAUGACAUCGACUGUCAGUGGGUCGAUGUGACGGAUGUGCGUCCAGGAGAUUACAUCUUCCAGGUUGAAGUCAACCCCUCUAUGGACAUGGCUGAGUCUGACUUUAUGAACAACGUCAUGAGGUGUAGGUGCAGAUACGACGGCCACAGAGUUUACAUGUAUGGAUGUCACGCAGGAGAUGCAUACAGCGCUGAAACUGAAGACCUGUUUGAGCACCAGAGGCAAAUCACCAACAACUUUGUGUAGCCCGUUCCAGGGCCCAGUGCAAAGGCCUUCAUGUGGGGGGGGGCCCAGAGACUUCUCUGGGCGGGCUUGAGGUCGAUGGCCCUCGGGACCUAAGGACCCACAUUAACACAAUAAUGGUGCCUGUUCAUCAGCCUGGCUGAUGUGGAUCAAAGUUUUAUUAAAGAUUCACGGCAGCGACCGUUACAGGAACUCUUUUGACAACAAGAGUGGAGCAGGUGCGAGACGACUCGACAUGUUUUCUACUCGACUUAAAGAAGAAGAUUUUGGAUUUUUGAUUUAAACUGAACUGAUUUUUGUGAUUGUAGACGACUAGUAACUUAAGUUGGUUAUUCAAAGCAUAUACGCAUGAAAGAACUAAACAUCGGUAUAACUAGUGGUUCUCAAAGACAACGGAGUGAAGCAUGUGAUGUUAGAAAAUCACAUUCCCAACAUGAAAUACUGAAAAUCUACCAAAAAAAAAAGUUCCUUUCUAUGAUUUCUGUUUCAAAAUGAGGAUUUCAUGCUCAUGUAGCAAAAAGUACUCAAAUUGACCCUGCUGUCAUUUAUCAUCCCCAAUUCUGUACUUAUAUUGAACCAUGUCUAACUUCUUUUACUUCCAUAUUGGUGCUCUUUAACAAUACUGUAUGUAGUUGUAUUAACCUCACUGUGUUUCAGGUGGACAUUGUUUUAUAACAGAUUUGAUUAGUUCACUGUUUAUCUGGUAUUUUAUUUUUGCUUUGGCUUUAACAUUUUUUUACAAAGGUAUAUUCGUGCUAAAAGUUUGCUCGUCAUCUAGAGUAGGUCAAAUGAUUUUUAUGGAACAAAGCACUUUAUCUUUUAAACAGCAGUAUUCAAGUUUUGCCCCUAGUACCUUUUCUCUAAUCAGCAACCAAAAAUACUUUUAAAGGAAAUUAUCCCGAACACUUUACCCAGAUUUUACAUUUCAGAGAGCAAAAUAUAAAGAGUGUUUAGUUUUCAUAUGCAAUGUUAUAUUUAUGCUGUUACUUUAUUUAUUCACAGACGUUACAGAAAACAGCAUGCUCAGUAAGAUCUAUCUACAGUUUAUUUAAUGAUGCUUUUUGUUUAGUUUUUCCAAGAUAGUUAACCAGGGAAAGAGGUGAUUUCAUGCAGUAGUAACUGGGUGUAGUAUUAGAACAGUGCCUUUAUGCAGAUAAAUAAUUGUUCAUAUAUUUUAUUUUAGUUAUUAAAACAACUGUAACUGUACUUUUUACUUUCGGUCUCUCUGAUGGGAGAGAAAACUGGCGGAGCCACAGUUUUGUGGUAGGCAGGCGGGCAGGGUUUAGAGAGCGUAUAAAAAGCCUUUUAAUUAUGUCUGUUUGGGUUAGACUUAAGGUUACGGUUAAGGUUAGGGCUAUAGCAUGUGCUUUAAGGAGAAACACUAUGGAAUUGUUACUUAUGGAAUCAGGGAAAAAUCAAGAAUCUGGGUUUCCUUUUUAGACAAACUUCAGGAAAGAUUGUGCAUUUUGGAGGGAAUCAGUGAAGGUGUAGUAAUUUAAAGAAAAGAAUAAGAAAGUCAGAGACAGAAAGAAAGAAAAGGAUUAAGUUUGGAGAGAGACCUACUGUUUUUACUACCAGAGCUGCCUUUUUUGUAGGCAGCCUUACAGAGACCACAAGCUGGCAUUUUCAGUUCCCCAACGAGAACAACAUGUUUGUCUGGGAGAAAAAAUAAACCCCUGGAUUCAUGCUUCAGCACAGUAAACACUGGCCUUAUUUUAACUAAAGCAGGGCCUGCUAAAAUAUAUUAUAUCGUCCUACACUUACUUUGCUUUCAUUUUAGCUCCACUCCAAAUGACAAUUCAGCUCCAUUUUCUUUACAACAUGGAACUUGUGUUAAUCAUGUUGUUUUACCACAUUAAUGUGUUUGAUGUGUUUGGCUCAUUGUCUUGGUGGUUAAAAACCUGUUAAGAUGGUUUUCCAAUGGACACUUUCCAGGACGAGUGGUGGAAACAAUACGUCAAUGUUAAGGACAAAUGCAGACUUUUUUAAUAUCUUUAGCAGAUUUUCUUCCUCCUCACUGUGCCUUUGUGAGUUUCACUCUAAAGAGAAGCCUUAUAGAGGGACUUUGGCAUAACCUUGUAUAAUCAUGCACACCUUACCAAACACAGGCGGCCAGAUGACCAAAAAAAAGCUGAUCAAAAUGUAUGAGAUAGAUCUAAAAGUCUAUAAAGUGUGCUGAUAUGUUUUGUGCUUGUGUACAGUUGCUGUUGUCCUAUUACCAUGCUCUGCUCUGUGUGUUAUUUAAAACUAUAUUCCAUAGCUUAAGUCAAUUUAUACUCACCACUGUUGUUGCAUUACUGUAUUUGUACCCAUGCUGUAGGCAUAGCACUGGGACAUAGUUUUCCAUGGCCAGUUCUGCUUCUAUUUGUCUUUAAAGCUGAGAGUGUGAGCUACGUGGUGCUAGUCUCAAGUCACAUUCACAGAAAGCUGUGCUCUCAGGGACUUUGACCUCAUCGAAAGAGUUAAAUAUAAGGUUUCAUUUGAUGUGAUUUAAGGGUGCUUUUAGCUGUGAUGCAUAAACAAUGACACCAAAUGAACUGGAGCUGUUCUUUUUAAUCAGCAAAAAGUCAUCUGAACCCACAUGUUUGUUCUUAAGAUCAUAAUUGAAGGUUUGAAGGUGAUAAGCUUUGUUUCUUUCUUUAGGAGAGUUAGGAUAUCUGUGGAUAGACACUGGCUGAAUCAGAAACAACCUUCAGUUGAGCAACAAAUGACAUUUCAUUCAUUUAUCAUUACUGUGAAUCAAUAAAACUUCAUCACAUACUAA